UCAGUGGUGAUUUGGAAGAUGUAGCUGGAACUUGUUAGACGCUGGCGUAUUUCAAUUUUAUACUGAAUUAAUGUGAACAUUUUUGUACAAAUGCGCAGUGCCUAUUUCAAGCCUCAAAAUGGGACUCAUACUUCAUACACCAAAUUAAAAGCUUCAGGUUAUUCAACCGCCGGCUCUGCUGGUUCAGCCAUGCCUCAGAAAGUGCAGAAAAACGCUCAGACUGCGCACUACAUCGAGCUGGGGGGUUACCAGUACUGGCCCGUGCUGGUUCCCAGAGGUAUUCGACUGUACACCUACGAACAGAUCCCAGUGUUUCUGAGGGAGAACCCGUACAUCACAGAUGGAUACAGAGCCUACCUGCCCUCCAGACUCUGCAUCAAAAGUCUCUUCAUUCUGUCCAAUGAGACGGUGAACAUCUGGAGCCAUCUGCUGGGCUUCCUGCUCUUCUUCUGUCUCGCCGUUUACAACAUGGCGUCGGUUCUGCCGGACAUCGGCGCCUCCAGAGAAGACUACGUCAUCUACUCCAUCGGACUCUUCUGCUUCCAGCUGUGUAUGCUCUGUUCUGUGGGUUAUCACCUGUUCUGCUGCCAUCGAUCAGAGAAAACCAGCCGCCGCUGGAUGGCGCUGGACUAUGCCGGCGUGUCCAUCGGCAUUCUGGGAUGUUACGUCCCCGGGGUCUUCUACACCUUCUACUGCAAUAACUACUGGCGGCAGGUGUACCUGGUGACGGUCCUAGCCAUGAUCCUGGCCGUGUUCUUCGCUCAGAUCCACCCUCAUUACCUCAGUAAACAGUGGAAGCAGCUGCGUUCGCUCAUCUUCUGCUCCGUCGCCGGCUACGGACUCAUCCCCACCGUCCACUGGAUCUGCAUCACCGGCGGCUUCUCCUCGGAGCUCGUACAGGCGUUCAUUCCUCGGGUUCUGGGCAUGUACUUCAUCGCUGCGUUGGCUCUGAUUUUCUACGUGUCCAAGGUUCCUGAGCGAUAUUUCCCAGGUCAGCUGAACUACGUGGGUUCCAGUCACCAGGUCUGGCACGUUCUCCUGGUUCUCAUGUUCUACUGGUGGCACCAGACGUCAGGCUUCAUCAUGGCGUACAGACACAACCAGCCCUGCCCCGAAGCCCCGUAACACGCCCACCACGCUCCACGCCACGACGGGACACGCCCACCAGGGUCUUGGCAGCACCAGGACCCAAGACUCCACCCACAGACCUGCAGAGUCCUGAACCCGAGGGUCUUCAGUCCACGUCUGACGAGUCCAUGGCUCAACCCGGCCUAUGAGGUGACGGCGUUUUACAGAAGGGGGUGGGGCCUCACAGAGAUCCCACCCCUUUGACCCAGAAUCCACUAAAAACCACAUGUAUAGUCACUAAAAACCCCUGAAGACUGAGACCAGGAUCAGUCGAGUAGCAUUUACCUUUAACCCGAACGUUUCUGCAAGUGCCUGGAGUCGAACGCAAUCGGAAAAACGCACUUAUUUUCUACGUAUUUGAGCCGAUUUUAUUACUUUCGGACGCCCUUAAAGUCUAUUUUGAUGAUUAAACGACGUGCAAAGAGAUUAAAAGUCAGUCAAUCAGUCUUUAGUUAUCGAUGAAAUGUCCUUUAAAAGGGAAAACGAUCCAGAACUUUGCACAGUUUCAGA